CCUGACCGGAUCGUGGGAGAGCUAUUGCAACCCGGCGGCUACCAGUGUUUGAAAGCUUUAGGCUUGGGAGACUGUGCAGAGAAUAUUGACGCUCGAUCCGUGGAGGGAUAUGUCAUACACGAUCUGGACUCAAAGUCGAAGGUCGAUAUUUCUUAUCCUAAGGAUGAAGGGGAUCAUGUGAAGUCAGGAAGGGCCUUCCAUCAUGGAAGGUUUGUCAUGGGGCUUCGAAGAGCUGCCAUGAAACAAGAAAGUGUCACAUAUAUCGAAGGGACCGUUACCAAGAUUCUGGAACAAGAUAACUGCGUAAUUGGUGUAAUCUACAAAAAGAAAGGACAAGAACAGGAACAGGAAAUUUAUGCACCUCUCACCGUUGUGGCCGAUGGCUGCUUCUCCAAAUUCCGCAAGAGUCUCAUCACCACCAAUGUUAAGACGACCUCCCACUUUGUGGGGACCAUCAUGAAGAACUGUCCUCAGAUCAAAGACAACCACGCUGAGCUGGUCCUGGCAAACCCCUCGCCUGUCCUCAUAUACAGGAUAGCUGAGAAAGACACAAGGGUGUUGGUAGACGUCAGGGGGACGAUGCCAAAGGACAUGAAGGGGUACAUGAGCCAGAAGAUACAUCCUCAACUGCCAGAGCACAUUAAAGAACCGUUCCUAGACUCCCUCCAGAACGACCGCAUCCGGAGCAUGCCCAGUAGCUUCCUGCCUCCCGCACCCAUUGAAAAGCCUGGCGUGCUUCUCCUGGGCGAUGCCAUGAACAUGAGACACCCCCUGACGGGAGGAGGAAUGAGCGUUGCACUCAAUGAUGUCAGAAUAUGGAGGGAACUGCUCAAGGGGAUACCAGACUUGGAUGAUCAUGACAAGAUCAUCCAGUCGAUGCGAACCUUUCACUGGCUCCGCAAAAACUCUCAUUCUUUUGUAGUCAAUGUCCUUGCUCAGGCCUUGUACGAGUUAUUUGCUGCUACAGAUCGUCACCUUAUGCAGCUCCGAAGGGCCUGUUUUCACUACUUCAAACUUGGUGGUCAGGCUGUCUCAGGACCAGUUGGCCUCUUGUCUGUGCUACAGCCCAGACCUUUCGUUCUCAUUGGCCACUUCUUUGCCGUGGCUCUGUACGCCAUCUACUUUGCCUUCAAGUCACAGUCUUGGCUGACCAAACCGUUUGCCCUCGUAGAGAGUGUGUGGAUUUUUGCUAAAGCCUGCAUGGUGCUGUUCCCGUUGAUCCGCUCCGAGAUGCACUCCAUAAAGUGAAUAUGGAAAGGCAAAUAUUUUUAAUGUUGCUUUACCACUGAAACAUUUUGUUCCAACAUAGAAAGGCAAAGAUGAAAUUCUCGGACCAGUAACUUUGUAAACAGUGUGCUGUUAGAAGACUCUUGAAUAUUUAGUGCAGGCAAUUUUCUUGAAAACAGCAGGGCAGUUAAAUACCAAAGAUAUAUAAUAUUCAGAUUGGAAAUCUUUCAGUAAACGGUGUCGGAUUAAACCUCAGAGAAUCUAUUUCAGGGCACCAUAUUCAUCAUGUUAAUUUUACGCCUCAUACAUUCUUGUAAAAGUUUUGAUUGGGGUAAGUUGGUGAUUUAUUUGCGUAUUUUAAAUUGUCUUCAACAAGUGUGCCCAAAUCGAAGGCAUUUGUCAUUACUGUUGUGGUAUUUUUUAUCAGAUGUAUGUUCCAUGGGAAGCAACAUGAACCCUUUCCAUGUGUAAAAUGCUGCCUGAAAAUUGAUGGAGUAUCACUGAAUGAUAACUGCACAGGUGCACAGUUUGAUUGGUGGUAGAGUACCAAAAUUAAUUUGUGUCUGCACUGAGGACCUACCUUUAAAAGUUACUUUAUCUCAUGGUGUGUGCUUUCUUUCCACUGUAAAAAAUUCCGGGUUAGUGACUUUGUCCACUGUGGCUAAGUAAUUGAUCAGUACCUAGCAACUGAGAUGGAACUACUGUAUUUUUAGGUUGCCACAACAGAGAUCCUUUCACACCUGUUAAGUUACUCCAGCCACAAGGAUUGUGUUUCUUUAAAGAGAAAUAUUGUCUCCAUAUUGUGCAAAUAGACUUGAAAUAUAAAUGUAAUCCUGUAAACUGUGUCUAAAGUGUGAUUUCAAAAUAUGAUUUUACAAUGUGAUACUUGGCCAGUGAUUUCAUUAUCCUGUGAGGUAAAAAAUAUCGAACAUGAAAAUUCUUCUCAAGGACACUGUAAUGAUGUUAUGGCAUGUGUCUUUAUUUAGCAUGAUUCAAUUUCUUUGCACUAUGUAACUUUAUGGAAUAUAUAAGAUACACAUUUUAAAUAAAGUGUGGAACAUUUA